AUGGCAUUAGGAAGAAAGAUAUUUAACAAGCACCCAGAGAUGGACAAAUAUAUAAAGGAAAUUAAAGCUAUCGGAAUUAACAAAAUCAAAAUUGAAUGUUAUGACUACAAAUUCACAAACAAGUUGGUAGCGGACCAUAUAUUCUCAGAGAUCGGCGCAAGGGCAUAUAUACCACUAUCUACUGUAAUAAAAAAGGGAGUAAUAUACGACGUAGACACCGAGCUAUCAGAAGAACAUACUUUGAAACAUAUAAAAUCUGAAGUGGAAAUAUUAGAAGUCAAACGAAUUCUUAAAAAACAAAACAACGAUUAUGUAAAAACGCCCGUAUGCGUUCUAACUUUCAGAGGCCAAAGGUUACCUGAGAAAGUAACAAUACAUGCGGUGAAGUGUCGGGUGAGUCAAUACAACAAAAUAAUCCAAUGUUAUAACUGUUUACGUUAUGGUCACGUGACCACACAGUGCCGAAGUAGUGUCAGGUGCGGACAUUGUUCGGGUAACCACAACUACAAGGAGUGCGAUAACAGGGAGGAAGAGCCCAAAUGUGCAUUAUGUGGCAAUGGACAUCAGGCAAUUAGCAAAAAUUGCGAAGUCUACAAAAAACAAAUUAAAUUAAAGGAAAUAAUGGAAUUUAAUAAUGCAAGUUAUAAUGAAGCAAAAAGGAUUUUGGAGAACCGCCCCUACGCAAAUAUAAUUACAACUAGACUAGACUUACAAAACAAAAAAGUUUUUCCCGAUAUUCAAGAUCACCAACAACGCACAAAAGAUAAAGAACCAGAAAAUAUGGAAGUGAAUCAGCCCAAGAAACGGAGACUACACAACACUAGCGUUGAGACACCAGCCAUAGACAACAGCAUUAAAAACUCUAAUAAUAACAAUAAAACAGAAAACGAUGCACGAAAAGCGUCACCUAAUAUAAAUAAAAUACCAUUUAAAAAAAAUGAAAACGUAAAUACGAAAAUGACAAAAGAGGACAACAGAGAUAAAACGAAAGAGAAGGAUGUUAGAACGACGAGUAUACAGAAAAGAGGAAUACAACCAAAUCCAAGCACAUCAGAGCAAAUAUCUCUGAACCACAUAAUCAAAAGACUAAAGGAUGUUUUUAACCCUACCAACCAAAAAAAUAAUCAAGUACUAAUGGCCAUAAUUAAUCGGAUGGAAAGAGAUCAGAUAAACCUAACAAAUCCGAAAUGA